AUGCUUUUUUUGCUGCGGGGCACGGCGCGUGGCGUGGUGGCGCGCCUGCAUACGAGUGCGGUGCAGCCUGCGCGCGCGCCUGUACGCAAGCCGCAACGGCAUCAGCUCGGCGAGGUGCGCUCGAGUGUGCCGGAGCGGCGCAAAAAAGAGGAGUCUGGCGCACGUACGACGUCGCGCAGCAUGGCCGAAGGACGCGGCGACGGCCGCCGCGAUGGCCGCAAAAGCGAGAGCAAGGCGCCUGUGUCGAGCGCACGCAGAGAUACCCCCCGUGCUGGCGAGCUGCCGCCGCUGGAGUUUACGACGCCAGAGGCGCAGAGCACAAGCGUGCGCACCUUUGCGACGCCCCCCCUGUCGUCCGGCCUGCUCGAGAUGGUCCAGUCGCUGCUUGGCAAGCGGUGCCGGCCGACGAUUCCGCAGUCGCAGGCGCUCGCGCACUUUCUUGAUACAAGUGGGCCCGACGAGACGCUGAUUGCGGCCGAAACAGGCAGCGGCAAGACGCUUGCCUACCUUCUUCCGGUGCUCCAGAGCCUGCACGACUCGCGCGCCGCGACAGAGCAUGCCGACUAUGCGCACGUCGCGGCCGGCCAUGCUCCCCGCAUCAUGCCGCGCAGCGUGGUUCUUGCGCCGACGCACGAGCUGGCGCGGCAGAUUGCCGAGGUUGCCAAGGCUUUGAGUCACCACGCCGAGCACAAGCUGCGUGUCGCCUGCACAAGCACCACAGCGUGGGACGAGGUGUCGGCGCGCGACUAUGGGCGCCUCAGAGCGUACGCCGCCGAGGCCACAGACGUGUCUGCGCCAGCGCACUCUGGCGCGCCACUGUCGCCCGACGUGCUCGUCGCGACGCCCAAGCGGCUCCGUGAGCUGUGCGACGCCAACCACCGCACGCCGUGCUCGCUGCGCAACGUGCAGAGCCUCGUGGUCGACGAGGCAGAUACCCUGUUUGACCACGGAUUUAUGGCGGACACGGCUGCGAUCGUCGCCGAGGUGCGUGCGAAUGCCGAGGCGCGCAUCCUCUUUGCUACCGCGACGAUUCCCAAGUCGCUCGCCGCGUACUUUGCGUCCGAGUUUCCGAGCAUGGCGACGCUCGCCUCGCCGAAUCUGCACCGCCUUCCUCCGAGGCUCACGGCGCGCUUUGUGGACCCCGGCGGAUCGAAGGAUAUGGCGAUCCUCAAGGAAAUCUUUCGCAUCUUUACCACGCCGACGUGCUCCGACGAUCAGAUCCUCAUCUUUUGCGACCGCCGGACGAGCGUGCAGCAGCUCAGCGCCUACCUGCGCGAGCGCAACGUCGACCACGUAGCCUUGACCGGCGACGCGGACGCGCGCCACGCACGCACCGACAAGGACCUCGCGCGGUUCCUCCAUCGUCCGUACACGCGCCUCGAGCCCGAAGCGGACGCGCCGCGCGUGCUGAUCACGACGUCGCUCCUGUCGCGUGGCCUCGACUUUGGGCCACAGGUGCGCCACGUUUUUCUCCCAGACGCCGGCCGCCGCGGCGCCACGUCGGUGCACCAGGCGAACAACAACGCCCUCGAGCUGCUCCACCGCGCCGGCCGCUCGGCGCGCGCUGGGCGCGCGGGCACCGUUGUCUUGUUCGACAAGAGCAGUGCCCCGGGCAAUACCAAAGUGCUCAUCAACCGCCGCGGACAAAAGAAGGGCGUUAUCCGAGGACAGAUGGACCUCCUCGUGAGCGAGCUCAAGCACACCAAGCGCCGUAGGUAG